CUGCAAUUACAGUGCUGUUUUAUUUAAUUUAUGAUGUCGCUAUUGGAAGUCUGAUUCGUGGGUAAUACCUCUAACUUUUGACUCAAAGCAUAGCCUACAAAUGAUAAAUAUAAUCUCAAGGGAGACAACAACUUGAUCACGUUCUUCUCCAAACGACGCUCACACACAUACUCCUCAAUUAUCCCUCCACGUGAAGAUAGGUGGCGUGUUAAGGGGUCCGGCGCCUUCUACAUUGCAGGAAAAGAAAGAGAGCGAAAAAAUGUCAUUAGAAGAGGCGUAACACGUCAGUGCGCGUCCCCAGGUCUGUUUCGUGAAGUGGCUGAAAGAGAUCAGUCCUAACCUGCCCAUCAGGAAUAACGGUCCCUCGUCAAGCUAUUUUCAAGGCUUAUUCCCAGUUAUUUUCUUUGGAUCCACGACGCACCACUUUACCAUUUCUCUUUGACGUUCUGUCUUCUAACCAGCUGUUUGAAGGAUCACACUGACACUCUGAUACCAACCAGAGCCUGCCUGUGUGCUGCUGAUUGAAGGAGCCCAUGCGGACUGCAUGCCAUCUGACCUAGCCUACUCGUCUUAUCAAUGAAGCAGGAGAUCAUGGCGGAGGGUCCCCGGUGUAAGAGGCGAAAACAAUCCAACCCACAAAGAAAGAACGUGCUGAACUAUGAGAAUGUGGUGGAGACGGGCUCCGAGACAGACGAGGAUGACAGGACUCUGGUCUCAGAGGAGAAUGGUCUAACCAAUGGGGAGGAGGGUAGCAGCCCCAUUGGGGCCGGCGUUCCCAACCUGGAGGCAUCACCCAGGGUGGGCCACGCCCUGCUGUCCUACAGGGCUGGAGCAGAGGAGGGGUCAGAGGGCAGGGACGGGCGGCAGAGCCACAACCACGCCUGGCGCCUGGCAGACAACCCGCACGGACACCUCAACGGGACUGAUGAAAGGAAGGAGGAAUAUGAAUCCUUGGGGCCAGAGGGGUCUCUUCACUCUGUAGGAAAUGGUACAGUGAAGAGUAUGGAUGGGGUGUCGGAGCUUGACGAGUACUUCACUAAGCGUAAUAAACUGGAGGAGAGUGACAGCCACUCGGCCAGCAUCGCUGAGUACCUGCAGCGUGGAGACACUGCCAUAAUUUACCCAGAAGCCCCAGAGGAAGUGACACGACUCGGAACUCCCGAGGCCGUUGGGCAAGACGAAAACGAAAACGACCUGCCACCUGGGACUCCAGAUGCUUUCGCCCAACUGUUGACCUGCCCUUACUGCGACCGGGGCUACAAGCGGCUGACAUCGCUCAAGGAGCACAUCAAGUACCGCCAUGAGAAGAACGAGGAGAGCGUGCCCUGCCCCCUGUGCAGUGAGACCUUCUCUCACCGCACACAGCUGGAGAGGCAUAUGGCCACGCACAAGCCAGGGAGAGAUCAGCCCCAGCUUCUGAAUGAAGGGGCCGGCAACCGCAAGUUCAAAUGCACCGAGUGUGGAAAAGCCUUCAAAUACAAGCAUCAUUUGAAGGAGCAUCUCCGCAUUCACAGCGGGGAGAAACCAUAUGAGUGUUCCAACUGCAAGAAGCGCUUCUCCCACUCCGGCUCCUACAGCUCCCACAUCAGCAGCAAGAAGUGCAUCGGUCUGAUCUCUGUCAACGGACGAGUACGCAACGGAGGAGGUAACACCAAGGCUGGCUCCUCCCCUAACUCCACCGCCUCCUCUCCGGGAAGCCCCGCCCUGGCCCAGCUCCGCCACAAGCUGGAGAACGGCCGCCCCAUGGGCCCCCAAGACCAGCAAAGCCACCUGGACAUCAAGGCAGAGCCCAUGGACUUCAAUGACUACAGGCUACUGAUGGCCUCUCAGUAUGGCGUCGGAGGGCCAGGGGGCUAUAUGAACGGAGCCGGCCGAGGAGGCAGCCCCCUGGGGAUCCACAGCUCCUCCCAGAGUCCCCUGCAGCACCUGAGUGGGAUGGGCUUGGACCUGCCCCUGCUGGGCUACGGUUCCCUGGGAAACAACCUGAGCGAGGUGCAGAAGGUCCUCCAGAUCGUGGACAACACUGUGUGCAGGCAGAAGAUGGAUGGGAACCCGGAGGAGAUUUCCAAGCUCAGGGCCUAUAUGAAGGAGCUGGGGGCCCAGAUGGAGGAGCAGAAGCUGGCUUUGUCCUCCCCGCGUGCUGGCUUCCAGGUGGUGGGCCAUGGCAGCCCCACCAAAAGCAUCAUCGACUACACUCUGGAGAAGGUGAACGAGGCCAAGAGCCUGAUCGACGACUCCAAAAGGCAGAUCAACAUGGACAUCAAGAAGGAAAGGCUAAACCACUCGAUGGAUCCUGAGGAGAAGUCGCACCACGAGAGCCACCAGGUUCCAUUCCUGCCUUUCUCCUGCCAGUUCUGCAAGGAGACCUUCCCAGGGCCCAUCCCACUGCACCAGCAUGAGCGCUAUCUGUGUAAGAAGAACGAGGAGAUCAACCACCUCCAGCCCAGUGAGGGCGUGCCUCCCAGCCGCAGGGGGGUGUUCCCCUCAGAGCAGCAGGCCGCUCUGCAAUCCUCUCUGUCAGAGAGGGGCGCCACCAGCCCCGUCAACCCUUUCAAGGACCACGUGUCAGUGCUCAAGGCCUACUUCGCCAUGAACAUGGAGCCCAACUCAGAGGAGCUGCUGAAGAUCUCCAUCGCAGUCGGCCUCCCACAGGAGUUUGUCAAGGAGUGGUUCUCCCAGUGGAAGAAUCAGCAGCAACAACAACAACACAACAACGGUAAUGCUAACUCCAGGAAGCGGUCGCCACCGCCAGACCGGAGCAGUGCAGAGGAGCGCAACCACCACGGCCUGGCCAGGUCACCGAUGUCCAUGGCGCAACACGUGGAUCGCAUUAUGGCACUUGCGGAUUUACACAGCGGCAACACCAAUGGUGACCGUGACACUCCCCACAGACAUUUUAAGGCCAACCAGUUUACAGCCAACAGGCAGAUGGGUGACAAACCACUAGAGACCUUGGACCACCUUAGGAGCAGCACGUCAUCUCCUCUUAAUCUCUCCUCCACUUCUUCUAAAAACUCCCAGAGCAGCUCGUACACUCCAAACAGCCUGGCCUCUGAAGGGGAUGGCCAUGGGGGGGACGCACCAUUGGACCUUUCUCUACCAAAACACAUGAUGAGCAACAGCAUCUCACUGGGAGAAAAGAGGUCCAAACCAAACGGCUAUGUCUCAGACCGCAAUGGUGACCACCACCAAUCCAACCGGGAGCAGGGGACUGAGCCCAUGGACUUGGCCCACAUCAAAAAAGAGUUCCUGGGCUCAGGGAGAGACAACGGAGGGAACAGCGGCCACCAGAUGGAAAAGAGUGCCAGCCCCAUCUUUGGCAUCAACCCCUUCGGUGGUGGUCACAUGUACACACCUCUGCCCCCACAUGGAGCGUUCCCCCCGCAUAGCUUCAUGCAGGCCCAGGCCAGCAUCCCAGGCCUGAGGCCAUACCCAGGGCUGGAUCCAAUGAGCUUUCUGCCCCACAUGGCCUACACUUAUGCUGGGGCAGCCACAUUUGCUGAAAUGCAACACAGGUCGAGGAAGUACCAACGGAAACCAGGUUUCCAGGGGGAGCUACUGGACGGCACUGUGGACUAUCUGUCAGGCUUGGAGGACCUGACAGACGAAUCGCUCCUCUCCCGGAAGAAGAUUAAAAAGACAGAAAGUGGUAUGUACGCGUGUGACUUGUGCGACAAAACAUUCCAGAAGACCAGUUCCCUCCUAAGACACAAAUAUGAGCACACAGGAAAGCGACCACACCAGUGCACGAUCUGUAAGAAGGCCUUCAAACAUAAGCACCACCUCAUCGAGCACUCGCGUCUGCACUCGGGUGAAAAGCCAUACCAAUGCGACAAGUGUGGCAAGCGCUUCUCUCACUCAGGCUCCUACUCCCAGCACAUGAACCACCGGUACUCCUACUGCAAGAGGGAGGCAGAGGAAAGGGAGGCGGCUGAAAGGGAGGCCCGGGAUAAGGGCCCCCUGGAGCCCACAGAGUUGCUGAUGAGGAGGGCCUACCUGCAGGGUCUGGGGCCGCUGGGCUACUCUGACCCAGAGGACCAGCCGGAGGAUGGGGGUGGCACCAUUCUGAGGGACGGCACUGAAGGAGGGAUGAGAGGAGGACGAGGAGAGAGGGAAGUGGACGAGACGUAUGAGAAGGUGACAGACAGGCGAGAGACGGGAACUUUCAGGGAAGGAGAGGACGAGGAAGAGGAUGACAGCAGGAUGGACACGGCGAGGAAUGAUGAGGGAAAAGAUGCGGAGCAUUCAAUGGAUGAGAGUUCAAGAGAAGGGAAAACAGACACCAAGUCGGACCAGGAGGAAGCAGAUUAAGUCAAUACUGCAGUCAUUUGAAAAAAAGCUUUCAGCAAAUAUUUGUUAUGUUGGGUUGUUUCAUUUCCUUUUUCCAUUCUUCCAACAAACAUGAAACUUGCUUUGUUUUCAGAUAGGCACUGCGGUGGCUCAGUCAAGCAAGCGCGAGCGCUUGCCUCUAGCUUCUCAGAAGCUCAUAAUGAUGGACUCAUGCAAUGUGGUGACUGCCAACAUCAGAGUUGUGACGACAAGCUGGGUGGGAUUGUUUAAGAAUCCACAUUAUGCAAAAAAAAUGAAGUAAUAAUGAUUAUCAUUAUAAUGAAAAAUGAAAUGAAGCUGUUUUUAAUGUACAGUAUUAAAUAAGGCCUAAAAGCUGUGUGGUGCUAUAAUGUUCUUAACCCUUGUGUUUCAUUGUGUUAAAACCCCAAACUAGGAAAUUGCACUCUGCCCCUUUAAUCACUACAAAAACAUUUUUUGAAAAAAAAAGCCUAUGUAUAUUUAUACCGUGCUUGAAGACUCGGUAGCAGUCCGUCAGUGUUGUACUUUGUCUACCACUUACUGUGAUGUCCUUGGUUCUACCAUCCUUUUUGCCAGGCAAACUAACCACACAAUUUUGGGCCUCACAAAUUUCUUUAUGUGAAGGAAACUUUAAACCUGUGUGAAUUUGAUAUGUUGUGAGUCUUAAAUUGGACCGGAAGGGAGUGACAGAAUGAAGGAGAGAACAAUGAAAUAUGGAGGGCUCUGUGCGUAAGACAGAGCCUUUGUAUGUUUUAUUUUCUCAACAGAAAGCCUUAUAUGCAAACCUUUUCACCUGUGCGUUUCUGCAAGUGCCAUCCUUGUACAGUGUAAAUCAGAGUUGAUUUGUGUUAUCUUUGCUCUGGCUUCAGUAUUAAAUAAAUAUUUCACCUUGUUUUCCAAGUACCUAUGUCAGUAUUAGCAUAGAUUGAGACAGCAGUUCAUUAGUUUACUUAUGUUUGUGCAAUUUUCUGUAUUUUUUUCAUGACCUUUUGUCAGUAUUACUUUUUGUUGAUUUUUUUUCCAAGCAUAAAUUACAUUUCGUUUUUAUUUUAAAAUUACCAUUUUAUUUAUGUGACUCAUUUUAUAUUUCCUAAUUUUAUUUAUUUCAUACUGUAGUGUACAGUAUUAUAGUUCCUCAAAAAAUAGAUAUAUUUUAGUAAAGGAUUCUGUCAUUGACUAUUGGAGCAAAUUAUAAAUAGAGAGCAUUCUAUGGUAUUUGGAAAAACAUGAAUUGUUAAAAUUUGAAAUUUUGUUCUCAUUGUUUUAUUUCCUUUCAACUACUGGAAAUACAAAAUUUGGGGAACUUUUGAUACAAUAUUGUGAAAACACUGUAUUUUUUGACAAUAAAAAUCCACUUUAUUCAUCCAGGUAAAGAGAUGAAGAUAGAGGGACUGUUGAUAAUGAAAAAUUCCUGAAAUGUCUGAAGUAUUAUUGAAUUUUUAAUUUCUCUUGGAAAUGACCAUGCUCGAAUAAAUGUAGCCAAAUAAAAUUUUAAUAAAGCUGUGUUAUUCUUCUUGUA